CCUCUUAUCAUUGCCCACCCUCGCGACCCUGGAAACUUCACCGGAUCCGGGGAUCAAGAUGUAGAACAAUGGAUCCACCUAUACGAAAGAAUCAGCGUCCAUAACAGGUGGGACCCAACUAUCAUGCUUGCAAACGUCAUUUUCUAUCUACAAGACACAGCCCGAACCUGGUUCCUCACCCACAAGGAAACUAUUACGUCUUGGGACAUGUGUAAGGAACAGCUACAACAUCUCUUUGGCGAUCCUACUGGUCGAAGGCUCUCCGCGAAGCGCAAGCUCGCUUCACGUGUCCAAACGUCCACAGAAUCCUACAUUACAUAUAUUCAAGAUAUUCUUUCCCUUUGUCAGAAGGCUGAUCCUGUCAUGACUAACGCUGACAAAGUAACUCACAUUCUUAAGGGUAUUGCCGACGAUGCAUUCCAGUUGAUUGUAUUUAAAGAUUGUGCCACAGUGGAUGCUGUUAUACAAGAGUGCAGGCGCUUUGAAGAGGCUAAAAAACGCCGGAUCACAGCAAACUUCACACGCCUGCCCAACACGACACCAACUUCCACCUGUGAGGAUCCGCCUAUAUCUGAGAGGCAAAUCAUCCGGAUAGUAGUGCAGCAGUUCCAGUAUCUGCUGUUCAAGCGCUGGUUCAACGAGAAAUCCACCGGCUCGUCCCUCCGGAACGACCAGACAGCCGACGUCUGCCUCCUCGUCCUCUCCACCACUUACCAUCCACCAAUUCUAUGA